AUGACAGAUUCUACUCAAAAUGACAAUGAUCUGGAAAUCUCAAUGAAGGUUUCGAGUGAACCUGAUAGCAAAUCGAUUGCAAAUUCACAAUCUCAAAAUGCGUCAGAAUACGCAAAGAAGCCAAAAUUUCUUCUUAAAUCUGUUUCGGGUCAAUUUAAAAGUGGUGAAUUAGUAGCUCUUAUGGGACCAAGCGGUGCCGGAAAAAGCACGUUAAUGAAUAUUCUUGCGGGAUUUAAAACACGAAAUGUUUCUGGUCAAAUAUUUGUCAAUGGUAAACCCAGAGAUCUAGCUUCAUUUCGACGGUCAUCGUGUUUCAUUAUGCAAGAUGCUCCUCUUUUAUCGCAGCUAACUGUUGAAGAGGCCAUGACUUGUAGCUCGCAGCUGAACCUUCCAAGAAGUUGCCCGGAUGAUCAAAGAAAGUUGAUCAUCGAGGAGAUAUUACAAACGUUAGGAUUAUCUGACACCCGACAUACCAAAACAUCUAAUCUAUCUGGAGGUCAGCGAAAACGUCUCUCGAUUGCCCAAGAAAUGAUCAAUAAUCCACCGAUUAUGUUUUUUGAUGAGCCAACCAGUGGGUUGGAUAGCGCUGCUAGUCUUCAAUGCAUUGCUGCACUACAAACAGUAGCUAAACAGGGCCGAACUGUCGUUUGUACUAUCCAUCAACCCAGUGCAACGGUUUUCGAUAUAUUUGAUCAGGUUGAAUUCUUCAGGUCUCACUAG